AUGGCCAGAAUGAGGAGAGUUUUUCUGAUCCUCCUUUGGACAACGAACUUGGUUCAGCGAAACAUACCUCAAGCUGCGGGAGUUCAGGUUUUCCCACCUGUUAACUUCACCCUUACAGUCUCUGCAUUAGCACAAGUACUUUUACACUGGAAACCAAACCCCAAUCAAGAACAAAAAAACUACACUAUUAGAUACGAUGUGAAAAUCCUAAGCCCUGUGCCUGAAGAGUACGAUACAAAGAAGACUUACAGUAUUCGAACAGCUGCACUUCACAACGGUUUCUCCGCACACAUUCGGACGUUACUUCUCCACAAUGACCUUCAGAUGAGAAGUGACUGGGUGAAGGAAAAACUGCCGCCUCCGCCAGGUGCUCCAGAGACAUCUGUCACUAAUUUGUCCUGUGUUACUCGCAUCACCAUUUCCAGCACCGUUUCUCUUCAUUGCACUUGGCUUCCUGGCCAAGGGGCACCAGAAGAUACCAAGUACUUUCUAUUUUACAGGUAUGAGACGUACGCUGAAGAAUGUCAAGAUUAUAUCAAAGACAAGUGGAACAGGAAUACUGAGUGCAGAUUUUCAGCGACUCAUAUUGAUCCCGAAGAGGUUGACAAUCUCGUUGUAAUACACAUUAAUGGGUCUAGCAAGUACGCAGCAAUCAAGCCUUUUCAGCAGUUAUUUAACCAAAAUGCCAUUGAGAAAGUGAAUGUUCCCAGAAAUGUCACUGUAUUCUUAGAGCAAAAUGAUCUCCUGGCCACAUGGGAGAAGCCAAUUUCUCCUUUCCCUAAAGAAUGUUUUGAAUAUGAAUUUUACCUCUUCAAUUUGAAGUCAGGUAACAAGCAGAUAUUGAAAAUAUCCUCAAACAACUUCAGAUUACGGAUUGAUGUUACCAGCAGGUAUUCCAUACAAAUAAGAGCUAAUCAUCACAUAUGUUGUGUGAGAGGAUUUUGGAGUGACUGGAGUGAAAUUAUUUAUGUUGGGCAAAAUAAACUGGAGAAUUCUGUAGCCUGGAUUCUCGCUGUGCUUUGCACAGGCCUGUUGCUGGCGGUUAAAGGCCACGGCAGUGCCCCGUCGGAUCAGACCUUCUCGCCCAGCUCUCUGCUGCAGCUGCGAUGGGAGAGGCCGAGGGGAGAGAGCCUCAGCCCACCUCCUCUGUGUCAUCCCCGUGUCCCCAGGGUCCAGAAGUGUCCUCCGAGGAACGGCACACCUGCCCAGGCCUCGGGCUGUCGCUGGUGCACCGUUAUCAUUACUUUGACCCUUUUUGAACCUCCUGCUGCUGUCAGAUGCCAAUGGCUGAGUGGGAGGGGUGCAGGAGGGCUGGCGGUGCGAGGAGAUACGUCUUCUCGUGGGGCGAAACACGUGCUGCUUGUUGGAAACCACGUAUGGAGUAAACUGUUUCCACCAAUCCCAACACCCAGCAACAAAUUCAGAGAUCCCUUCCCAAACGACUAUGAG